AUGCCGAAGCGCAGCAAGAAGGAGGUGGCGGACGAGACGCCGGGGCGGAGGCGGCCUCCCUCCAAGUUCCUCUCAAUCCCCUUCCAGUCCCUCCCAGUGCCCUCCCAGUCCCUAACCACCCCCCUCCCACCACCCCCACCGAUCUUCCAGGCCGCCCCAAGAAGAUGCCGCGGGCGCAACAGGCGCCGCCGAAACAACAGGCGGCGAAACAACAACAGGCGGCGCCGGCGGCGCAACAGCCGCCGGCGGGGACGCGACAAGCGGCGGAGGCGCAGCCGCCGCCGGCGGAGCAACAGCCGCCGGCGGCGCAGCAACAGGCGGAACAACAGGCGGCGCAACAGGCGGCGGAGGGCGCCUACGAGGACCCCCCCCGACCGGCUGACGGCGCCGGGGGGGCAGCGCUUCACCCUCAAGGUGACGUCGUGGAACGUGGACGGGCUGCGGGCCUGGGUGCGCAAGCGGGGGCUGCAGUGGGUGCAGGAAGAGGCCCCGGACGUUCUCUGCCUCCAGGAGACCAAAUGCGCCGGCGGGUCGGUGCCGCCCGAGGUCCGCGCCCUGCGCCUCCCGCACCAGUUCUGGGCCAGCGCCGAGGGCAAAGCCGGCUACAGCGGCGUCGGCCUCCUCGCCCGCCACGAGCCCCUCAGCGUCACCUACGGCAUCGGCGACGAAGAGCACGACCGCGAAGGCCGCGUGGUGACGGCCGAGUUCCCCGCCCUCUACGUGGUGGCCGCCUACGUACCCAACGCCGGGCGAGGCCUCACCCGCCUGGACUACCGCCGCCGGUGGGACGGCGCGUUGCGCCUCUUCCUCGCCCGCCUCGACGCCCUCAAACCCGUCGCCCUCUGCGGCGACCUCAACGUCGCCCACGGCGAGCUGGACCUCCGGCACCCGCGGGCCAACAGACGUUCGCCCGGUUUCACCGUCGAAGAACGAGAAGGUUUCGGUCGACUCCUCGAUUCCGGGUUUUUCGAUUCGUUUCGGUAUCUUUAUCCAAGCGUGCCCCACGCUUACACGUUCUGGACUUACUUGGGGGGCGCCCGAGCUCGGAACGUGGGGUGGCGGCUCGAUUAUUUCGUCCUCUCGAGGCGUCUCGAGGGCGCCCUGUGCGACAGCAAGAUCCGGUCCAAGGUGUUGGGGAGCGACCACUGUCCCAUCACCCUUUACCUCGCCCUAUAGGGCGGCCCCGGAGGUGGGGGGCGGGCGGGGGUUGAAGUCGAGGUGGGUCGCGGUGGCCAUAUCACGUCCUACUUUGGCCCUAGAGCUGCCCCAUG